AUGCUGCUGCGGCGCCUCGCGCGUGGCCCGCCUCGGCUCCUUGACACCGGUCGUACGCACAAGUAUGUGACGCAGCUGCAGUACCAAGGCUUCUCGGCGGAGCAGGCGGAGGCCGUCCUCGAUGCGUUCAAGAGCACGAUGGCCGAGAGCCUCGAGAUGCAGCAGACUGGGCUCGCGACCAAAGCCGAUCACUUGACGCUCAAGUCGGAGCUCUCGGAGCGGGUCUUCAACACGACGCUCAAGUUUGACAUUGCGCAGCGCCACAUGAAGGAGAUUUUAGACCGCGACUUUAACAACCUCAAGCAGGAAAUCCGCAUCAUCGAGAAGGCGGACUUUGACAAGGUGCUCGCCGAGAUCAUGCAGGUCGAGAAGAAGUUUAUGCUGCACAAGCAACAAAGCGACACGAUUCUCAACAAACUCACGCUCGCCAACGAGACGCUCGAGCGCCGCAUCUUCCAAUACGCGGUGCGCUUUGGCGCUGCGAUCACGGUCGUGCUCGCCUUUCUCGGAACGUACUUUGAAAAGUCAUAA